CUCCCCCACCACCUCCGCCGCCCCAUUAAAACGGCCUUUCACCCACUUUCUGCCUUCUUCAUCAGUCUGAUCUCGUCUGGGAGGCAACAGCGUCCAUCUGUCAUUAUUCUGCUGCCGCUGUUUGACAAACACCUCUAAAGAUGACUCAUCAAUUCCCAGCCCUGUCUCCGGAGAUGAAGAAGGAGCUAUCUGAAAUAGCUCAGAAGAUUGUGGUUUCAGGAAAGGGAAUCCUGGCUGCAGAUGAAUCCACAGGCACCAUGGGCAAAAGACUGCAGAACAUCAAAGUGGAAAACACAGAGGAGAACCGCCGCUUCUACCGCGACAUCCUUUUCUCCUCCGAUUCCUCCAUGGCCAACAGCAUUGGUGGGGUCAUCUUCUUCCACGAGACGCUCUACCAGAAGUCAGACUGCGGGAAGCUUUUCCCUCAGCUCAUCAAGGAGAAGGGGAUUGUAGUUGGCAUCAAGGUAGACAAAGGCACAGCUCCUCUAGCUGGCACAGACGGAGAGACCACCACACAAGGUCUUGAUGGCCUCUCGGAGCGAUGCGCCCAGUAUAAGAAGGAUGGUUGUGACUUUGCCAAGUGGAGGUGCGUGCUCAAGAUCAACGACAGCUGUCCAUCAGCGCUCGCCAUCGCAGAGAAUGCCAACGUUCUUGCCAGAUACGCUAGCAUAUGCCAACAGAAUGGUCUGGUUCCCAUUGUGGAGCCAGAAAUCCUGACCGAUGGUGCCCAUGACCUGCAGAGGUGCCAGUACGCCACAGAAAAGGUCCUGGCUGCUGUGUACAAAGCUCUGUCUGACCACCACGUGUACCUGGAGGGCACCCUGCUGAAGCCCAACAUGGUCACCGCUGGACACGAAUGCACUAUUAGAUACACCCCUGAGGAUGUUGCCUUGGCUACAGUGAUGACUCUUAGGCGCACUGUUCCUGCCGCUGUGCCGGGCAUCUGCUUCCUGUCUGGAGGACAGAGUGAGGAGGAGGCCACCCUCAACCUGAACGCCAUUAACCAGGUGCCCCUCAUUCGGCCCUGGAAGCUGACCUUCUCCUACGGCCGAGCUCUUCAGGCCUCUGCUCUCAAAGCUUGGGAGGGAAAAGCUGCUAACAAGGUGCUGGCGCAACAGGCUUUCUGCACCAGGGCCAAGAACAACGGCUUGGCUUCUAAAGGAGAGUACAAGUCUUCUGCCAAUGCUGACAAGUCCUCCAAACAGUCUCUGUACACUGCCAGCUACACCUAUUAAACACUGUGAACACUUGGAAAAACAGAUGGACCAAAACAAGCCCUCUGCUUGAUGAGCUUUCCUGGACCACCAACACCAAGAGAGGACUUCCACCAAAAUGUUGAGCUACUGUUUGUUUUAUUUGAUGAAAUAACUGGAAAUAAAAGAUAAACCUAAAAAUGUC